AUGGAGGGGGGACUCAGGAAGAAGACGGAGAUCAAGUCCGGGAAGAUGGAGGCCGGCCAGGGGACGGAGAUGGAAGGGGAGCUCAGGAAAGAGCAGGAGAGGAUCAGGAAGCUUCGGGACCAACUCAUCAAGAGUUGUGAAUCCUCCACGGACCCGGCGACGCAAAGGAUAUUCUUGGAUCAGCUGGAUAUACUCUGGAGGGAGGAGUACGCACUCCGCACGAAGAUGAGUAAGUCCGGGAUGGAGAUUCAGAGGGCUCCCGGUUCCGAUACCGAUUCCGAUUCCGAUUCUGGCAAUGAGAUGGGCAGUUCGGGGGUGCACCCAUACCUCAUAAGGAUGGAGUGGAGACUGAGGAAGGAGACGGAGAGGGAUUCCAGCAAGGGGACCGAGAUGGAGUCCGGCAAAGAGCAGGAAAUGGAGGGGAAACUCAGCAAGGAGCACGAGAGACUCAGGAAGGUUCGGUACCAACUCAACAAGAGGUGCGACUCCACCAAGGACCCGGCGACGCAAAGGAUACUCUUGACUCGGCAGGAGAUACUCUGGACCAAGGAGCAAGCACUCCUCACGGUGAUGAGGCAGUCGGGGAUGGAGAUUGAGAGGGAUCCCGAUUCCGAUUCCGGCAAUGAGAUGGGCAGAGAUUCGCCCCUCAUAAGCAUGGAGUGGGGACUCAGCAAGGGGACGGAGAGAGAUGCCAGUGGCAAGGAGAUGGGUCAGAUGGGUCAUGACGACUUGGUUGUUGCUCUUUCUAGCCACCUUGAGGUGCUUAGGAGGGAGAUCUCGUUCCUGAGGACAGAGGUCACGUCCCGGGGCAAUGGGUUGGCUGGAAAUGGAAACAAGGCUGAUCAAGAGCACAUCAUCAUGUCUAACCUAUCCCUCGAUGACACUCUACUCAAGAAGAAGGUGAAUUUGCCUUACCUCGGUUGGGUGCUAAUGAUUCUAGCUUAAUGGUUGAUGAGGUGGCAGAUCCAACUCUGAGGCUGUAGGAAACCAUCCAUCUCUGUGAUAAACGUGUUUAGGUUUUAUGAUGAGCUGUAAUGUUCUGCAUGUGCAACUUCUUUAUGUGUGUGUGUGUGUGUGUGCAUUUUUGUUGAACUUGAUGCUGUUGCUACUCUUGUUAAAUUAUCAUGCUUGUCAUUUUGGAUUGUAUGGAAAAUAAAAAAAGGAGUCAUAAGCAGUGA